CAUCCCCUCUGGGGCCAUCAUUUGUAGUAUUAUUUGGCCAAUUCGGAUGCUACGAGUUGAUCUCACUUCAUCAUAGAUGGAAUGCUGCCAAGUGCCUCGCCAACUUUCUGGACACUCACUGGGAAGCUCUCUGUCGUCAAAAGCGGAUACUAGAGCUUGGUGCCGGGGGCGGUUUGCCUGCACUGGUGGUCUUGACCGACUAUCCAGAUCCAGAUCUCGUUCGUAAUCUACAGGCAAAUGUCAAAGAGAACCUAACAGGUGAAACGCUCCAAAAGACCAAAGUGACGUUACUACUGGAUGGCGAGUUCGAUGUCAUCUUGUUGAGUGACCUACUGUUCAACCAUUCACAGCACGAUGCUUUGUUGCGCACAUGUGAUCAAGUUCUUGCCAGACCGACUCAAAAUAUGAAAGAUAUGGAAUUCUUUGAUGUAGCAAAGAGAUUGGGAUGGUCUUGUGAAGAAAUUGUGCAAAUACAGACAGGCGAGAUGAAAGUAUUCGUGGAAUGGUGCAUGGCUGGCGAAUGUGGCGCGGGGGAUCUUAGGCAUGUCGGAGGUAGCAA